AUCACUACAAUAAAUAUCUGGCUUCUAUAUGUAAUUUCGUAUUGAACGCAGUGACGGGUAGGACAAAUACAUUUUAAUAUUCUAUAUCUUUCAUGGUUAAACGAUUUUUAAAGCCUCACGGGAUCGGCAAAUAUUGAUGCAGUCAUGACGAUAUUUAGGUGCACUAAAGGCAUAUUUGAAAAAGCGUUUCAUACUCCGUCGCGUCUUGGAAUUUCAAAAUUAAACUCCUCAAUUAAUUGAUCAGGAUCUGGGAUAAAUAUCAGUUAUUCAUAAAAUGGGAGAAAAUCAACCUAACAUAGAUUAUGAGGUGGAAAAGACAGAGCUGAAGAAGAGUGUUGGAGUGGUAUCAGGAGUAGCUUUAAUUGUCGGCACCAUGAUAGGAUCUGGUGUAUUUAUAUCUCCGAAAGGCGUCUUGGAAGGCACAGGUUCCAUAGGAUUCAGCCUUAUCAUCUGGGCAUUUUGUGGUUUACUUUCUACACUCGGAGCUCUCGCUUAUGCUGAAUUAGGAACAAGCAUUCCUCGUUCAGGUGGCGAACAUGCGUAUCUGAUGUAUAUCUUUGGGGAAAGGUCCGGGAAAAUGGGAAAGUUGCCUGCUUUUCUCUUCGAUUGGAUGGCGUUGUUUAUUUUGAGACCUACGAUGUUCACAGUAGCGAUGCUAUCAAUGGGAACCUACACAGUGAAGCCAUUUUUCCCGGGUUGUACUGACGUUCCAGAUCUUCCUGUCAAACUUAUCACAAUAGCUGCAAUGUUGCUACUAGCAGCUAUCAAUAUAUACAGUGUGAAACUGGCGACGAGAUUACAGCUUAUAACAACUGCCAGUAAACUACUCGCCAUCACAAUCAUUGCUGUCGGUGGAACGUAUCAACUUUGUGUUGAGAAGACAUUGGAAAUAAGUGAUAUUUUCGCCGACACAAAGAAAGAUGCAUCUCUCAUUUCGACUGCAUUCUACAACAGUCUUUGGGCAUACGAUGGCUGGAAUAAUCUUAACUUCAUUACAGAAGAAAUAAAAAGCCCAGAAAAAAACUUACCAAGAUGUAUAAUGCUUGGUAUACCAUUGACGACAUUCGCAUACCUGAUUGCUAACGUAGGGUAUUUUGCUGUACUAACAAAACCCGAGAUCCUAGCUUCCCCUGCCGUUGCUGUUACCUGGUCGAAUUACCUGUUAGGAAUGAUGUCCUGGAUCAUGCCAAUAUUUGUGAUACUAUCUUGCUUUGGUGCAGCGAAUGGUGUACUGUUUGCAACAGGCAGAUUGUGUUUUGCAGCAGCAAGGGACAAAAACUUACCAUCAGUACUUUCCUAUAUUCAAAUAAAAAGACUUACACCUAUGCCUUCCAUAAUGUUCACAGUCGUUAUCUCCAUUUUUAUUGUGCUGCCAGGGGAUCUCAGUACUUUGAUAGAUUUCUAUGGCUUCUCUGUCUGGGUAUGGUACUGUAUCACAUUAGCAGCGUUACUAGUGCUCAGAAAAACACAACCAGGUUUACACCGGCCUUAUAAGGUUCCCAUAGUCAUACCAGUCAUCGUUCUUAUAAUCGGCUUGUAUCUGACGAUCAGCCCAAUAAUACAGACUGGUAGAAUAACCUUCUUCUAUGCCAUAAUGUUCAUGCUGUCUGGAGUGAUAGUCUACUUCCCAUUCAUAUACUACAACAUGCAUAUCAACGGCAAAGAUAGAAUAUACAAAGCCUUGCAGAAGCUGCUUCAAAUUGUUCCAACGUAAUAGUAUUGACAUAGAACCUUCGUAACAUAGUGACCGCAUAACAUCUAAAUUUGUAACUAUUUGUGUAAAUAAUCAAUUAUUAUAUUAAACUAUUAUUUAGUUUUGUU